AUGGCCAACGAGCGGUCCUACGAUUUCAUUGUUGUCGGUGGUAAACAUUUGCUCCUUAUAGUCGCUAUCAAUCAACCGCUUACUAAGUUCAUAGGCGGCCCGGCUGGAUGUACACUGGCUGCGUCUCUUGCAAGCUUAGCUAAGAAGCCAACCCGUCAACUCGAUUACUCGCGCGGUAAGGGGAUCGGGGGCGGAUCUUCAAUCAAUUUUGGUCUCUACACUAUCGAGACACGAGACGACUAUAACCAAUGGGCCGCGGAGGUCGACGACGAUACUUUUGCCUGGAACGAAAUGCAAGCGCGGAUCAAAAGGCUGGAAACCUUUGCGGGCAAAAUUGAUAUCCCAGAAAACCAGAAGUAUGGUCAUUCUGAGGCUACGGACCAUAGUAGUAAAGGUGGGUUGCACGUUGGCUAUACCAAUGAAUCGGCUUCGGAUUUAGCAAUGGUGCUGGAUGCGUCCGAAGAAGCCGGAGUUCAGCGGAACCUUGAUCAUAACUCUGGUAAUCCCCUUGGAUUCGGACUUUGCAUCAACUCCGCUUGUAAUGGCAAGCGAUCAACUGCGGCUGAUUUGUUGACUGAAGUCUCGGAUAAUUUGGUCAUUGUCUACGAGAGCACGAGAGCCCAGCGCAACGGAUUAUAUUGGACAAAAAGAAGGUUUCGGGAGUCGCGGCCAAUGGCAGAGAACGUGGGUUUUAUCGAAGGGUUGGUUGCAGAUUUUGCCUCGAAAGAUGUCAUCCUCUCCGCAGGGUCGCUUGAAAUUCCUAAGAUUUUGAUGCAUUCUGGCAUCGGUCCAGCCGAUCAACUGAGCAAUUUCAACAUUUCAGUUGUUCACGAUCUAUCAGCCGUUGGCUAA